CUUAACUCAAAUAUAAAUUUAAUGUCGAGUUAAAAUAAUUCCAUUUGGCAAGCAGUAGAAUUCGCCAGCAAGGAUACAGCUCCUGGCCGGGCUUUAGUGUUGGUAAUGAACGUAUGUGAGAUCCUUUGACAGCGCAUCCUUUUAUGUCAAUGCAUAAAUUUCACAAUAACUAACUGUGGGUCAGUUGGGGGGAGAGAGUGAGGGGCAUCUGCCGCCGGUUGUCAGUUCUCUUUACGGCAUCAAAAUUGGAUUGGAUUUGUAGUUUUGUGGGUACCGUCGCCGCUGGGGCGAAAUCCAAUUAAGUUGGCCAACAUAGGCUGGCCACAGCAUAAAGUUGGCACAGUCGGGGAGGUGGAAGAGCGGGUAGUGUGUAUACACACUAUUAACACUCGAUAAGCGCACAGCAUAUGCUGUAACGGUCGCCGGAGCCAGGGGCGUUUCCAUAGAGUAUAUAGAACUUGAUGUAUAUAUGGACGAAAGUGUGAGGUCUUUGCCGUCGCCUAUUUCGCUGUUAUGAAUUGAGUAAAUAUAAAUUCAAAAUACUGAUAAAACCUUGCAACGCCGGCUGCGGCAUGACCGAAAUUCGUUUCAACCCUCAUGAGCAGUCGCAGCAGCAGCAGGAACAGGAGCAGAUGUUUCCAGCACAAGGGAACGCGCCAAACGACGCCUGCCGCCAGCUCUUGUUGUUGUUGUUGAUGUUGUUGUUCUGCAGUUGUCUUGAGCUCAAUUAUUAUGUGUGUGCUUGUAUAUAAGCCAAGUAAAUGGUUAUAUUUUUGUCUAAAGGGGGGGUCAGAGCAACGCACGCGUCGCUGCCGAUCCACUCGACUGCGCGCCGGCGCAGGAAAUUGCAAGCCGAGGAGCGACUGGCAGCCCGCGUCGCAGUUCAGUCGAGACGCAGUUGUCGUGCCGUGCGGACCAGACAGUCAGCCAGUCAACCAACAGUAGUUACCAGUGAUCGUGAACGUGUGCAGUGACAGUGAAAACCCUAAGACACAUCUACAUUCAUAUUCAAGUACAGUGCGGCCAUGUCCAAGCACAACUAUACGAAUCCGGCUUUCUGCCAGAACAGCGAGUUCUAUCCGGUGCCGUCGAGCAAUAGGGUUGAGUCCAUUUACAAUCGCAGCCUGCAGCUUAACUUUAAUGCGGUCUCCCGUCCCGGUCAGGUGCCGGCUGCACCCUGUCGCGAUCCGCGCGAGGGACCGUUGCGCAUGCAGCGUAGCAUGUCGACGCGCUCGGUGACGCGUAAACAGUACCAGCAGCAGCAGCAACAGCAGCAGCAGCAGCAGCCGCAGCAGCAGCAGCAACAGUCGUCCAGUGGCCGCUAUGCAUUGGUGCCGCUGGAGGAGCUGGGUGCCGUGGCCAGUCGCUAUGCGAUUGUGCCGGGACAGGCCGCACAGCGUUUGGCCCGCUCGCAGGAUAAUCUGGAUCGCUAUGGCUCGAGGCAAGGCCUGCAGUCGGACGAGGAGCCGCACUCGUUUCACGAGGAGCCGCAUCAGCAGCAGGAGACGCAGUUCGCCAGCCUGCCGCCCACAUUAAACGCGUUGCCGCCGAAACCGGCGCCCAAGAUCAAGCACGCCUUCUCCAGCGACUUUGGCAGCAAAACAUUUCUGAUUGUGGACAAGAACAGCAAUCAGCGCUAUCAGAUGGUGCCCACGGCGGAAGAUGAGGAGCUCGUUGACGAAAACCAGGAGAUCAUACAGAUGCACAACGGACGCGCGCAUCGCUAUGCGGUCAUACCCACAGAGGCGGAUGACGACGAUCUGGCGGAGGACUCUGGGCACACACAGCAGGAAACCUGCUUGAGCCACACGGAGCUCAGUCAACAGUUCAGCAUGCGCACAUCGACCCCGCAGCAGCGCAAUGCGGCAGCUGCAACGCGAGCGUUGCACGAACUGCUCACCACACCCCGCAAAAUGCAACCACCACCGCGUCUGGCACAUUCCACGCCCCGCAAUGCGGCCCACCACGAGCAGCUGCAGCGCGAGCGUCGCCUGCAGCUCUACCAGAGUCAGCAGCACAUUAACCUACACCAACAGGCCACCAUCUCGGUGGUGCCGUCUCCAGCGCUGCCGCUGCGUCAGCAGCGACUCUCGCCGCAGCGACUGCACUAUGAGACGGUGAAGCUGACGUCGGCGCCGGUGCAGGCAGCACAGCAACUGGCCAGUGACCGCACCAUGGCGGUGAUAAGUCCGCGUGUGCAGGGCCAGGAGCAGGAUCUGAGCAGCCUGCAGGGCAAGUCGAAUGCGAACAACAACUCGUAUCCACAGAAGCUGGCCAAUGCCACCAUUACGCUGGCCGUUGUGUCCCUGAUGCUAGUCCUGGGCAGCACCAUGAAUGCCGGCCUCAUCAUCUACAUGAUAGCCCACUUCGGCAAGUCCUUUUACCUGCAGUUCGGGCUGGUGGCCUCCUUUUGCGGCAUGGGUCUGGGUUUUCUUGGCUUUCGUUCGCGCCACUGCGAGUGGCUGCCAAACCGCAGCUACACCUCCGGCUACAUCUUGGUCACCAUCUUCUGCCUGUUCAAGUGCUGCGGCCUGCUGCUAAUUCUGGUGCUGGACCCGUUUCCAGGACUGCCCCUGCACGAUGUCACCACGGGCGUCAUACUGGGCCUGUCCACCUUUACCAUGUUCUUUAUUGGCCUAGGCGUCAUUGGCAGCCUCUGGUGCUAUCGCCCGCCGCCCGACAACCGCGUCAAUGUGGUCUAGGCGUUUCUUUUCUUUAGUCUUUAUCUAGCUCAUAGUUUGUUUUAGUUUUAGUUUCAGUUUUCUUUUUAGCGAGCGGCAUCCGUAACGGCUAGGCGACCAAAAAAAAAUAUUCAUAAGUAAAGACGCGCGCGAAAUUCCGGCAGCGAAUUUUGUUUUCAAGACUGUAUAUAUCGAAUCAUAGGGCUAACCUAUGCAAAAAUGGGUUGUAAUUAUA